GAGUCGAACAUCACGUGCGCCGACAAAACACGCCCGAUAGAUUAACAAUCCCUCUCUCUCGGUCGAUCUCUUGAUCGCGAUCUGAGCCAGUAAAGAUGUCAGAAGACGAAGACAGCGUCCAGAAUGGCGAGAACGGAGCGGAGGAAGAGGACGUGAAAGGAGCGCACGCCGUCUGUGUGAGCAAGGGGACGCAGGGCUACGGCUUCAACGUCCGCGGACAAGUGACUGAGGGCGGCCAGCUCAAGUCAAUCGGAGGAGAGCUGUACGCCCCGAUGCAGUACAUCAGCGCCGUCCUGGAGGGCGGGCCGGGGGAGGACGCCGGGCUCAAAGUGGGAGACAGAAUCUUGGAAGUGUAGGUUGCGUUUCUAUAAUAGUCUCGCUGGCCAGAGCCUCGGGGGAAAAGCUAGGCUAGGCGCUCUCUCUGCGCCGCGUGGGGAGUCUGGCUCUAGCGACGUUCCGCUUUGUGUACACGUCAGACAUGUAUGUGGGGAGGCGUGGUUUUCUAAGUCUGCGUUUAUAUAUACACGCUGGAUGUCGUCCAUGCAUUAGUGACACGUUUUAUUGUCCGCCACGCUUUGCUGACAACCUCCCUCCGGCUAUAUUAUGUACUUGCACAAUUGCACAUGAGGUGCCUGAUGUAUAGCGUGCAGAGCACAGUGUUGCCACAUUUACAGUGGGAAGUGGGAACCUUUUACGAGAGUAAACUCUUGUGAUUCGGUAGCAAGCGGGACUUUUGUUGCAAAGAGAGCUUUUUCGGCUCCAUCCAAAUGUCCCCACUCACAGUACUUUCACAAAGGACUUCAAAGCUGCUUAAAUAUUUGCAAAAGGUUUAUACGCUCUGAAAGUUCCCGCUAAUGGCACUGCUGCUGGUGGUAUUGACUACUGAUACCGUUGUGGUCCAGGAACGGGACGAGUGUGGAAGGCAUGGACCACCAGUCGGUGGUGCAGCUGAUCCGCAAGAGUGGGAACCACGUCAAGAUGGUGGUCCUCUCUGUGUCCGACGAUGAGGCGAGGCGGCUGGAGCCCGAGACCACCAACUCCAGCUCCGUAGGGAUGGACUACUACGAGCGACGCUCCGUGCCGGUCACCGUCCCCACCUCCAAGAAGAUGACAGAUGAGUCUGGGAAGGAGUACGUCGCAUUCAGCAUCUGCAUGGCCAGCAGAGAAAUCGCCCCACGAAGAUAUCGAGAAUUUGACGCUCUCAGCACUAACCUGAAACGACAAUUCUCUGACUUUAUUUUUCCAAAGUUACCAGGGAAACGACCUUUCGCCCUUAGCGAUGCUCAGGUAGACGGAAGACGCCGGGGCCUUGAAGACUACCUAGAGAAAGUGUGCUCGGCUAAAGUGAUAUUUGAAAGCGACCUGAUGCAAGAUUUUCUUCAGCUAAAAGGUCAGAAUCCUCAGCCGGGAGGAGGGGGCAGGGCUGGGUUGGUUACCGAGGCAACAGCGGGUCAGUCGUCACGAGGACCUGCGGCAGAGAAGAAGGUUCAACUGAGAGUUCUUCUUCCCGACAAGACGGUUUCCACGAUCACCGUCAGCGAAUACUGGAGGACAAAUGAAGUGUAUGAGGAGUUGGCAGAGAAGAUUGGGCUGAAGGAGAACGUGCGGAAGUUCUUCACUCUCUUUCUCAGAACAGGCGAAGGAAUAGACCGGAAGCUGCAGAACAACGAAUUCCCACAUCAAGUCUAUUUGAAGGAGUACACUUCGUCGUCUGGCAGUGACAGCUGCAUUCUCCUCAGAAAAUGGCUCUUCUCACGAACACAUGAAGUGCUGGCCAGCAGUGACCCCGUGGCACUCAACCUGUUCUACCACCAAGCAGUCGAUGACAUUGGGAAGGGAAGGAUACCGUGCCACGAGGAACUAGCUGCACUCAAAUCUUUCAAAGCCCAAGGGAAAAAGAAAGAGUUUCUGGACUUGGCUCGCUCGCUGCCUGGCUACAGCACUAUCGUCUUUCCUCACUGCGAGUGUGACGCCAGGAAAGUGGGGCACGUGAAGGUGUCCCUCACUCUCCAGCAGCUGGUGCUCCAAGCCUGCAGCACAGACGGAGAAGACGAGCUGCAGAGCCCGUCCUUCAGCUGGGACCAGAUCACCAGCUACGAGGCAGACCUCGAGGAGUCUGCAUUCACCUUCCUCUACACCAGAGGAGAGGGGAAGGACCCUCGCUGGGUCAAAGUCUACUCGCCGUUUUUCAGAUACAUGGAGGAGUGUGUGGAUCGAAUCAAUCAGGAGAUCCUGUGGAAACAGCCAGAUGAUGUUGAGCUGACAACCAAAAAGACCCACACCGCUGGUGCCAACCCCGCCCGCUCACGUGCUGCUAAGCAACAAGCAAGCAUCACCAACGACGACCUGUGACCACGCCUACAAUUGACGACAUGCUGUAUUAUUCUUUACAAAGAAGAAAAACUUUGUGCUAUGAUAUAUAUAGGUGGAGCUAAAACAUAAUGUGAACAUGUAUUAAAAGUAGGUGUAUGUCUUGUGUUGUGUAAGUUGUUCAUCUCCUUUCUUGACUUCCCAAACCUUAUCUUGCUCCACCUGAGUUGAUGGCCUCCAUUUCUGGACUGGUGAGAGGUAAGCGGCCAAAUGCAAUGGGAAGAGAUGUCAGUGUAACAGAGUGCUGGCUGGCAGCUGGUCUGGUGGACAGAGAGGCAGAGGAAGAGGAGGGAGCUGGCUGCAUGUGCUCCAGACUCAACCGAACUAGAGGUUGUCCGUUGGAGUCUUUUCUUUGAGGAAACGUGAUGAGCGGCGACCUACUCCCCGAAUAAAGAACACUGGUGCUUGCUCUGAUCCCUCUCCCGCCUCCUACAACCCAUCUUUCCAGCCUCCAUUGGACCAACAUUUUCGAGCAGAAUUCUUAUUGACGCCCACCGGGACCCAAUAUGACGUCAUUGUAAACUGAGUCGAUGGAUGGCGAGUGGCGGUAGUUCCAGUACCGUAGUCGGUGGAGGAGGAGGAAGAGAGUGGCAAGGAGACACGUCCGCUCUCACGUCACUCACUAAGUCCCGCAGCUUCUCGCAUGGAGUCGAGACGGAUAUGGGGAUAGCCCCCAGCCAGCGGCCUAUGCAUCUCUUCCCUCCCCCGCCGGCCCAACUGUCAGCCAUCACACCAGUCACUGGGGGUGAGAGGCACAGGAUGGACAUUGCUCUACGACUAACAGAGCGCAUCGAGUCCUGGUUCGUCUCCGUCAUUGCUCCGUUCUCCUCCAUCGUCAUCCUCCACAACAUCGCCCGCUCCCAGGUCAGAUUCCCGUACCGUCGUACUCCCGUUCCAGAGACUCUGGGAACCGUGAUUGAUUACCAAUCUGUGCAGGGGCUCCAGGCGUGGUGGCGAGGAUGGUACAGCCACAUAUUCCUGAUGGUCAGCCAGAGAUUCUCGCUCACUGUUCUAGACAGAGUUCUCAGUCCUCCAAGAGUCAGUGGUAGCUGGUGGAGCAGAGCCGGGUCAUUUCUCAGCCACUACUCUUUCAGAGGGUUGGCGUAUCUCUCAACUUAUCCUCUUCUCUCCUUCAACAUCCUAGAGAUGGUCCAGAAUCUCCCUCACAAGGUGUACAGUGGAGGCCUCCUGGAAGUAAUCAAAGACAGACCUCUCAUUGCAGUGGACAGCCACCAUCGUCUACCCUACCUGUACCUCGCUGCUCCGAUCAUUCUCAGAGGAUUCGCGACCGAAAUCGUCUUCCUCUACUGCCAAACACUGGUGUCCCGAAUUGUGCGAAGACCAGCUGACCCCAGUGAUACCCUCGCAGUGGUCAUGCACGGUCUCUGGGUGGCCUACUUUGGCUCGUUUUUGUCCGAGACGGUCUUGUACCCCCUGGAGACCGUUGUGGCACGCAUGACUUGUCAAGGGAUGCCCGUUCUCGUCGACAACGUACAAACGGGACUCGAC